AUUUCUUUGUUAUUGUGCCCCUGCGAGUCACCAGUCCUGGUUCCGCCACUGCCUAUACGUAUAUACGGUAUCGUAGUCACCUAGUGCAGUAUACUUGUAAUUGCUAGUAUGUGAAGAAUGCAUUGCUGUUUAAAAUUGUUGCAAAUAAUUAAGAACCUGGACGCAACAAUUGCCAACAAGGCCUAUAUUUGCGUUCCGUUCUCUUACAAAAUUUCUUUUUGAUUCUUGCUUGUCUAAUACAGUGGUAUUUUUUGCAUUUUCGAUUGCAUUGAUCUUCCGUGGCAGGCGCUCUUGAUACAAUUCAAUGAGCUAUCGAAGGGAUCAUCGAACUGCCAGGUCUGCUCUCUUUGAUAAAUAUGAUAGUAUUGAGGAAGGUGGUAUUAGGGCUACACGUUCUUACUCCCAUGACAUUGAUGAACACGAUAAUGAUAAAGCCGUGGACAAGUUACAAGAUAGAGUCAGCUUUCUAAAGAAGUUAACUGGUGACAUACAUGAGGAGGUGGAAAGUCACAACCGAGUCCUUGACAAAAUGGGGAAUGAGAUGGAUUCAUCAAGAGGAAUCAUGUCAAGGACCAUGGACCGCUUCAAGAUGGUGUUUGAGAAGAAAUCACACCGGAAAACAUGCAAGCUUGUUGGGUGGUUUGUGCUUUCCUUUUUUUUGAUAUACUAUAUUUUUAGGUUUCUCAUGUAUUCUAUGCACAGUUGAAAGAGGAGCUACCUAACCUGUUAUAUCUGAGUUCGAAUUUUGCCUAUGAAGAUAGGAGCACAGUGUUGCAGGCAAUUGGCCGCUUCAAUCAAAUACAUGAAGUUUGAGAUGCCAUUUUGUUGCAAAAAUGGCAUAUUGAUAUGCCUCAACUUCAGUGUCUAAAUUGCAAAAUGAUUUUCAAUGAUGGUGAGUGUCAAUUGAUGCCCUGAUAUUCAGUGUCUAUAAUGGUUGGAUGUGGUUUUCCCUUUUGUCAUUCAUAAGUACACCAAGGUGUCAUUUCAACAUGAAACAUUCAUAAACUAGUUUUUAUGAAUUUAGUUCAAAUAAUGGUAGGUCGUGGAAUAAAAACAAUAUAACAUGUGGUGGUGAAUGGAAUGGCGAAAGCAAUAAACCAAGAAACCCGAAUGGCAAAUACUACCGGGAGCAAGAGAUUGAAGACUUCUAUUUUCACUUGAAUUUAUUUCAGUUCAAAUUUAUUUGUUUUAUUAAUUAUAAAAUGUAUCAUCAUCGCUACCAUUACCCGAGUAUCAUGACCCUAGUGCUGCAAACAUCCUAUAAUAAGAUUUUAGACUAUAAUUUCAGUCGGCGAAUUACCAUUU